AUGUCGUGCCCUCACGUCAGCGGCUUGGCGGCGCUGCUGAAACAAGCCCACCCUGAGUGGUCACCGGCGGCGAUCAAGUCAGCAUUGAUGACCAUGGCGUACAACGUCGACAACAACGGGAAUAAUUUGACGGACCUCGCCACCGGGGACGUGUCCAAUCCGUUCUCGGGCCACGUCGAUCCAAACCGAGCAACGAAUCCCGGCCUGAUCUACGACAUCGAUACCCAAAACUACGUCGCAUUUUUGUGCAGCAUCGGGUACGAUGCGCGGCAAAUUAUGGCAUUCACGAAAGAUUUGUCGAUCUUGGAUUGCAACGCAGUCGGGCUGAAAACUCCUGGGGAUUUGAACUACCCAUCGUUCUUGGUUGCCUUCUCCGGCUUUAAAAGCGUUGUGAAGUAUAAACAAAGCGUAAGAAAUGUCAAGAAGGAGGCGAAUGUCGUGUACGAGGUGACAGUGCACGCAACGGACAAUGUGGAAGUGACCGUGACACCGAGUAAAUUAGAGUUCGGCGAGAAGGAAGACACUCUAUCUGGGUCUACAGAUAUAAUGAUAAAUCUAAUAAAUAAAUACAAUGGUAAUGAAGCAAUGGGGUACGAGCAGGGUAGGGGCAGGGCCAGCGGCAGGGGGAAUUCCGAGAAGGUGAUGAAGAAGGUUUUGUGA